AUAUUGCUCGACUACUUGCAGCUCUGUAUCAUUCAGCACUUUGAUGUGGACUAACAGGCCAAACUAAAGAUGUGGUCUUGUUUGAGAGUCGGAAUUUUGCUCCUUUUUCUCGUGGAUGCUGCGACAGGAGAAAAGCAUAAAGGCUGUUUGCCUAAAAAUGAGCUCCUGAUCCAGGCAAAGAAGUUCCUGCGGCGGACAGGCAGACACACUGAACACAGAGCUAGACGUGCUGUAUCCAACAUGUCCUGCGCUGAUUUCACACACUUGGCCUUCUCUUCUGAUCUGAAGAACCGGUCACUGUCUCCUUGGCAAUCAACAAUUGAGACUGAUCCUGACAUGAUCCCUUCAGUAUAUGAAGUUGCCAAGUGUCUCUGUUCCGGCUGCAUCAUUGACGGCUCUGAAAACACCGACUACAACUCGGUCCCGGUGGAGCAGCGCGUCAUGUUCCUGCAGAAAGUGUCAUGUCCCUCAGAUCCGGAUAAAUAUUCCUUAAAUGUUGUGUAUAAAACUGUCCCGGUCGCCUGCACGUGCGCCGUGCCCAAGCAAUAACCUCUUGUAGAGGCAUCAGCAUAUAACCAAGACAAAAAUGUAGAGACGUGUCUCAUGUAUGGUUGUGUUUGUUUUAAAAUGCAAAACUGUUAUUAUUUGUUUUUGCGUACACAGCACUGCGUGCUGUGCAUAUGUUCCAUAAGCUGCAUUUUCAGCAUGAAUUUACUAUGCAAUCAUAGAUGUAGGUGGGUACGUUGUCGUACAUACACUACUGUAUAUUCAGAUUUUAUUUAUGUGAUAAUUUAUUGACUAUUUAUUUAAAUUAUGUGACUUCUGUUUUGAAGUUUUGUUUUAAAGUUUUAUUUUAUUUUUUAUUUUAUUUUUAUUUGUUUAACUAAUAGGUUGCCAGUAAUAUUUUAUUUAAUAUGUUUUAUAAUACUUUGUUCCUGGGCAUUAUAAUAUAAAAGUUU